UAUUACAAAAAGGCUAGUUUCCCGCUAUUUUUAAUUUAACUGUAAGCCGAUUUAAAAAAUGUAAACAAACAAAGCAAUAUUAAACGUCACUGAACCAGUAGUAUUCAUGUUAAUUUUCACUAUUAAAUGUGACUCGAUAUAAAGGUACAAUGCACGAAGAAAGGCUAGCAAUUGUUAAGAAAGAAAUUCGAAGUGUGAUUAUAACUUAUCCAAAAGGAGUCUCUUUAAAUGGAUUUCUGAAAGCAUACCACCAGCUGGUUGGAAUCCGACUACCAUCGAGAGAAUUUGGCUUCACGUCAGAUGUCGAUUUCUUAUAUUCUCUUACGGAUAUAGUUAAAAUACAAACAGAUAGAAAUGGUGACAUUCUCUUGAACUGCAUUGUUGAUGAAAGCACUGAACACAUACAAAAACUAGUUGGAAAGCAAAGAGUUGUCAAAACUAAGACAAAAAAUGGUUCUGGUCGAGAUAGCCUUCCGAAGGCAUUCAAUCAUUCCUCCAAAAUCAAACCAUUUGUCUCUGCUUCUUUGAGGAAAAAUUUAUUUGAAGUUUUGAAGGACUUCCCAGAUGGUAUAAACUACAACUCGCUUCAGUUAGCCUAUCAAAGGAAGUUUAAAAGACCUUUAAACCUCGAAUUUCUUUCUGAGAGUCGUUAUGAUAGGUUGAGAAAACUUGAAAUGGCUGUUUCAGAACUACAUGUGAAAGUGGUAGAUGAGACUGAAAGGUUAUUCUACUACCCUCUUACAAGAAACACUAAGAGACAUGAAGGCAAUAAUAAAAUAUCAUCUGACACCUUAUCUACGCAAGAUUCUCAAUCUCAAAAAAUUCAACUAAAUGUUGAGAAUUUUGAAACUGCUGAUAUACCCAUCAUUCCACGGGUGAUAAAAGAGGACUUUGAAAAAGAUGAAGACUAUAAAUUCUGGCUGCUAACAAAAAACAAAAGAAUUGAAAUCAUAAAUGUUUUAAAACUUUAUCCUGAUGGGGUAUUGGCUAGACAUUUUCCUUUUUUAUAUGAGAAAACUACUGGAGAAAUAUUUGACCUUGCUGACUUGGGUUACAAUAAUUUCCUGGAAUUGGCUGAUGCUUUGCCAGAUGUAUUUAUUUGCAUCAAACCUUAUGAGAGUCCAAACGAGUGGAUGAUUUUUCACCCAUGUUUUUCAGAAAGUGCUGAAAAAUUUAAAAAACUAAAUGAGACUCUUCAACUAUCCGAUGAAAGAUUUGGAAAUUCAAAUGAAGGACAUAAUCAAGCAAUACCAUCUGACAUUGUCCUGCCUACACAACCUUAUCAUCCUGCUGAAUUUCCAAGUGAUAUCAACUUAUCUUUGUACAUUCCUGUAUUCAUAUCAGUUGCUAUUAAUCCUGGGUGCUUUUGGUUUAAACUUCACAUUGAAGAAGUUAUCUGCAGAUUUAGGGAAUUAGAAGACGAAAUGCAAUCUUUUUACCACAAUGAGAAAUCAGAUAUUUAUCAGAUGUCUAUGAAAGACAUCAAAAUUGGUUCAACGUGUGUUGCGAUGCAUGAAAACCACUGGUAUCGCACUACGAUUACAUCAUCACCUAAUGCUGAUUCUGUCAAUGUUUAUGUUGUUGAUUAUGGAGGCUGGGAAAAAGUGCCCUGUUCCAGACUUCGUUAUUUAAAAAAUUCGUUCAUCUCUUUGCCAGGGCAAGCUUUUAAAGCUCAACUUGCUUCAAUAAAGCCCUUAAAUAAUGCCAAAGUAUGGAGUAAAAGAGCUACUAAUAGAUUUUUACAACUCUGUAUUAAGUCUUGCAUUAUGGCUAAAGUUGAAUUAGAGUUUGAUGACUCACUGUCAGUUUUACUCUGUGAUACUUCUGGUGAUGAUGACAUUGAUAUCAAUGCAAUACUGUUGGAUGAAAACUUAGCUGAAAGUUAUUCAGCUGAUAACUCUAAUCUAAUUGAUAAAUCACCUGUUGAAGUUUUUGAAACAUACAAUGGAGAAAAUAACUCAGCAGAGAACAGUGCCUCUGUUAAUUAUUGUGCUGAUUCACAAAGAUUUAGAAUGAAUGGUGAAAGUCAGGAUAAGAAGAAUAGCUCAUCUCUUGUAGAAAGGGCUUAUCUGGGAGAUGAUUAUUGGACUCAUAUAAUUAUGAUUUCUGACAUGGCUUAUAUGACUGCUACUGAUCUUUGUAAUUUAUUUUGGCAUGAUAAAUCUGCUGAAGUUUUAAAAUCAAGAUUACAGUGUAAGGAUGUAGAAAUUCCUACUACUACAGUUUUAAGAGAUGAACAAAAUGAAUUAUUUCUGAAAUGUGAAAAAAAUGGAGUUCACGGGUUUUCUCCACUUCAACAAUCUGUUGAAUUGUAUCCCUUAUUUGUUGUCAUGAAAGUUCUAAAUUCAUUGGGUCAUCCCUCUGUUGAAGUUCGAGAAACAAUUCAAACUGCACUUCAAAAUCCUAAUAAUAUGAAGAAUCUCUUAAGGGAAUCGGCUAACUCUUGUCAUGUACCUGUUGAUGGAGCAAGUUCGGAAGGGGAAAUAUAUAAGUGCUGUCUCUAUGACCUAAAAGCUAUGCAAGAAGCUAUUAAGUUCAAAAGACUGAUGUUGCAAGAGAAAUAUAAAAAAUUUCCACAGACUGAAAUCAAAACAGAGUUGAAUAAAGUAGAAGCAUUGUCUGGUACCAUUCAAGAGCGAAUAAGGGACAUUAACUCUAUAUGUUUGUCCUAUUCGAAAUAUGAAUGAAAAGUCAACUCUUCUGCAUGCAUGUUAUUUUCAAAUCUAUUUGGAAAAGAGGAAAUGAAAUCUGUGAUAUACAUUUGUUGUAAAUAUAAUAAAUAUGUUGAUCGACUCUUUUA